GCGGAACGAUUAUUCGAAGAGUACAAACUAACGACGGAAGGUACCAUCUGUUGCAAAACUGCUCAGAUGACAAGGAAAUUGCAUUUAUUGUGCUUUAGGUUUCGGUAGCUUUUAACGUACUAAGGACAGAAAAAUGCUGCUGGUUCUGUCUGAUGAACAAAAGGAACACCUUUCUAUUCUAACGGAAGUAGACGUUGCAGUUGUAGCAGAGUUUGGAAGAAUAGCUAUGGAGUUUCUGAGACGAGGAUCUAACCCAAAAAUUUAUGAAGGAGCAGCAAGAAAGUUAAAUGUGGCAGUUGAGUCUGUACAGCAUGGUGUUGAGGGAUUAAUGUAUCUUCUUACAGAGAGUUCUAAGCUAAUGAUUUCAGAGGUAGACUUUCAAGAUUCAGUACUUGUUUUGGGGUUUUCUGAAGGACUAAAUAAGCUGCUGCUGCAGCUUUAUUUGGACAACCAUAAGGAGAUCCGAAGCAUUCUGGGUGAAUUGGCACCACAUUUGCCACACUACCAUAAUCUGGAAUGGAGACUUGAUGUUCAGCUUGCUAGCAGAGCACUAAGGCAACAGAUUAAACCAGUUGUAAGUUUUAAACUACACCUUGAACAAAAUGGAGAGAAAACUGCAAAGGUUGUACAAACUGACCCUGCUACCUUAUUGCACUUGAUCCAGCAAAUGGAACGGGCACUUGGAGAAAUGAAAACCAAUCAUUGUCGAAGAAUUGUACGCAACAUUAAAUAAUGGCUUUUUUGGACUUUUUACUUUAUAAAUAAAAAUGUAAACAGAAAAAGUACAUUUCAGAUAAACUGCACUUUCUAAAAAGUGUUUAAUCAGUAUUUUAAUACAUCUGUAGUCCCAGUCUUACUUGCAUAUUUUUACUUUAAAAAUAUUAUGAAAAUAUGAACAAGGAGAAGCUAAGAAAUUAGUUUUGUUCACCUUAAUUUUAUACACACUAUACACAACUUCCUGGUAUCUGAUGACAAAUGUAUAAUGCAUUACAUUGUUAAUUCUGUGGUUUGAACAGUAGAGGGAAGACUUACUGCAUCAGUAAUAUAUAGUGUCUCGCUUGUACAUUCCAGUUUAAAUGUCUUAACUGUUACUUUUAUAAAACAGCAUUGUUUAUUUGGUAGUUUGUGUUAUUUUUUAUUAUUUUCCCACUCUUCAAAGAUUAAGUUAAUGAACUUCUAAUGCUUGCUGUCAACCAGUAGCUUUAAUGGACUGUCAUUUGUCUAAAGUUAUAAAGCUAUAAAAUUUUUAAUUAUUAGCAACACUACCUUGCAAUCCAAUGACCUUUGCUUUCAUUUUUGAUUUGCUGUUGUCUAUGCAGUACAUUGUUUUUUCUAGCGGUAUCUCCAUCUUGGAAGCUAUUAAAAAUAUCAAAAAUA